AUGGUCAAAGAUGGGGUUGGUCUGAUUUGUCUCGGGCAGAUUCUGACGAACAUUUGCCAGUUUACUAUUGCCUCCAAUAUCAGUGGCUUUUUCAUCUAUACCGAGAAUGCCACAAACGCUGCAGCGAGUCUUCCUCUCGUUAUUUGCGCUAUAGGAGGAUUGUCGGGGUCUUUCGGAGCUGCAUUCUUCGUCCAACGGUUCAAGAAAUGCAAAAUCCCCUCUCUGGUUUCCGCCUUCGUCGCCCUCACUGGCUCCGUCCUUAUCUUCUUCCGUUGGCGUUACGUCUACUUGCGUUGGGAGGUUAUUUAUACCUUACUGCUUUGUAUCGGACUUGGUGGUACUUCCUCAUCUCAAUAUAUUGCUCUAGCAAGCCGAAGCGCAGGAAAAUCGGCCAGUAUCAUCACCUCAUACCAUGUAUGUCAGCAAAUCGGUACCAUCAUUGGUAAUGCAUAUCCGGCAGGCCUACUCCUCAAGCUAUUCCGCGGUCAUCUCUUGGAAUCAUUCGGAGACGGCCCUCAAGCACAAAAAGCAAUUCAAAGGUUGCUUGAGAACAGUAGGUUUGCAGCUACACUUCCAGCCGCAAUGCAAGGCAUCGUUCGAUCCGCAUUCCUGAAGAGUUUUCCAGUCGUCCCUGGUAAGCACAUCAUCAUCAAACUUUCUUUCCUGGAGUACAGCGCACUGACUAUCUAA